CAAACGUUCCGUCCCUCAGUGACGACGAAGGCAGACAGCUACGUUACUGAAUUAACUUUAGCUAGUUUGAUAAACUGUCGCUAUAAAUUAACUUGGCAAGGAAAGUAGUACCUCAGACAUAAAGCUGUCGCAACAAUAAUGUAGACCUACUGGUGUGACGUACGCUACGUAAUAUCUGGAAAUCACUACUGCUGGUGCUUAGUGAAAUGAAAGUGAAACAACAUUGUGUGAACAACAAUUUCACGGCAGCGUUGGAACAUAUUCGCCUGCUAUACACGGGGGACGAUGCCGGUCACGUUCAGCGGCUGGGAAGCGGUGUGUGAGGGAAGGCGGCUGAAAGCGGGCCAAGCUCCGAAGAGAGGGCGAGGCUACACCAUGUACCACGGCACGCACAAGAACAACGCCAAGGCCAUAAUCCAGUCCGGGUUCAAGCCUUCCGCUGGAGGAACGCUGGGCCCAGGGGUCUAUUGCAGCAGAGACCUCAACAAGGCCAUGUCAUACCCCCCGUCCUGUGCCUCCAACGACAGGGUGGUGUUCAGGCUCCUGGUGCGAGUGGGGAAGGUCAAGAAGAUCGACGGGCCGAGCAUGAACCUGAUGACCUCGUGGCAUCAGAACGGCUACGACACGGCCUGGCUGCCUUCGGGCAUGGUAAGCCAUGAGGAAGACUGCGUCUGGGACCCCAAGAGGCUGACCGUGGUGGCCAUCGAGCACUGCCUUGACGCAACCGCCAAGAACGACCUGGAGAAAGUCAUUAAGCAGCAAGGCAAUGGGGCGGCAGGGAGCGCGGCCCCCCAGCAGGGCAGUUGUAAGACCUGCGGGCAGCGCCCGCGGCCCCGCACUGCUCACGCGCUCCAAAAGUGCUGGGGAUGUGCAACCCAAAUCUGCCCUUUCAUGGAGAAACACGUAUGCCCCAGUAAGAGUUAAUAACAAAAGACUGAGCGGGAGGCAGUGUGGUAUAGGGACGUGAACGUUUGAUUUUGUAGGCCCCACAAAAUUGUGUACCGCUGUUCACAUAAUUCUACAUUUUUAUUAAUAUUAGAUUUCAUGCCCAUCAUACAGUUUGUUGCUGUAAUACUAAGUGUUUGAUGUGCCCUUGCAUGUGUGUAAUAAUAAUUAUGUAAUGCCAUCUACCCCUGAAAAAAUGACACCACUAAACUAUUCCCUAUCCUAUAAAAAAUCACAGAUGCAGUUUUGAGUAGUCCUACAAUGUGUUUACCAAGUGUUGGAUGUAUGCUUGCAAAUGUAUGCAAAUAAUACUGUAGUCACUGAAAAAUAAAAGAUUUGGAUAAUAAA